AUGGCACUGUUGACGCAGCCAAACGCGGUGACUCUGUGGGUAUGCAGGUGUCGUCUCUUUUGCUGUCGUACUCUCGUUUCUCUGCCAGCAAGACGAGAAGGACGUCAUUUCAGUGCUCUUAUAUUCUCGAAUGUGAAGUUUUCCUCUUGCAUUGGAUUGACGGCUGUUCCUGUCGUAUCUCGUCGGCAAUUCUGCGUUCGUGUGGCAACUGGGGUCAAUGAUUUCGGCUCAGUGGACUCUACUUUGACCCAGUCCAUGGGGAGGAAGAUCAAGGAACAGCUUAAUGCGGAAUCCGUCAUAGUAAAGGAUUCUUAUGGUGAUGGUCGCCAUGUAAGCAUUGAUGUAAUCUCUACAACUUUUGAGGGUCAAUCUGUUGUGGGUAGGCAGAGGAUGGUAUACAAAGCUCUAUGGGAAGAACUUCAAAACACAGUGCAUGCAGUUGAUCAAAUGACCACAAGGACUCCUGUAGAAGCAGCAGCAGAGGGAUAA